GUGCAGUGAGCAGGUCUUGCGGCUGCUCUCCUGUUGCUGCAUUGAGAGGAUGCAGCACUGCCUCCCAGGCACAGGCAGAUGGGGCUGGCCGAGCGAGAGCAAGUGUCGCGUGUGACUCACUGGCUCGUCUUCCACACGAGACUGGGAGAGAGGGAGUGAGAGAGGCUGGCCGGGGGGACAGAUCCUCACACAAUCCGGGGACUCUCGUCUGUGAGUCCGGGAGCGUGUGGCAGGGUUGCUGACUGCAGACGCCCAGACACUUCGGGGAAGGAUCAGAAGCCUGCCAGUCUGCCAGCCCUGCCCUCUGGGAUGCCCGCGUCACCGCUCUCCGCUGAUAAAGAAGCUCCAGAGUAGCACAGAGCGGAGGAGAGCUAAUUCAAUCAGAGAUCCCGGUCCCUGCUAAUGAUCUCCGAGCGCAAACCCCGUCAGAGACAGAUCAGACCCGACAGUCAGCACACAUUCAUUCAGGAAUUCAUCUGCCCUGCUUUAAGGAGACUUGUUGGUUUUAUUUUUUUAUGAAAAGCCGUGCAGGGAAGCGCGCGCGUGACAAGCUGAUGUUUUUUUUAUGAGGUUUGGAAGUUGGCGAUGGAAUGCAGGCUUGCUGAUUGAGAAUUUAAAAAUUCCAAACUACAUUUUGAGAGCAAAGCAAACAUGAGCGCGGUGAAGCGCUGGGCAACCAGGAGCUCAAGAAGCCUUCAACCUGACGGAGGGGACAGCGAGCUGGCGAAUACCGCUCCCCUCGAGCUGGGAAGAGGAUGCACUGCCUGUUCAAGCCUCAGCGUCUGCUGACUGCGUUUCACUGAACGUGCUUCCCAGCAUCAGGCACCUUGAAGUCAAAACCCCUCUGAAAAUACAUGAACACAAUGCUUUGAGGUGUUAAUAAGUGUGCAUGAGAAACUUCUAGUUAAACAGUGCCGUGCAAGGCUGAUCGGAAGAAGUCUUUCUUUGUAACUGAUUGAGAUGCCUUGACCAGGACGGAUUUCGUUGUAUGUAAACUUCAGUGCUUUGAAGAAACUUGAAUUGAACCCACUGUAUAGUUGAAGUGACUGGCUGUGUGUGUGUGUGUGUGUGUCUGAACUAGUAGAACUCACCCUGGAGUACGCUGUGUGGAAGCGUGUUUGUGCCAGUGUUAGGACCAAAACCAACAUUCUGCUUGUGUGUGCAAUACUUUGUGUACCAAAAACAGAACAAAACUCAAAACUGAAAAAAAAGAAAGGCAACCCAAGUCUUGUUGUUUAGCAUGGGUGUGCCAGCAUAUCCACUCUGUAUACGCUUGCUGGGUGGAUGUAGAUGAGUCCUGUGCUUUGCAGCAAGGUGUUUUAAAAUGUGUUCAUUUGCCAAAAGGUUCUUAACCGAAAUCCUCAACGAGUAGUGGGGAUCCUACCUGGAGCGACCCACCAGCCUGUGCUUUGCUUCCUCCUCUGUGCCUCGUGAGUGAGUGCCGACCAGACUGCGUGUGCCAGAAUGAGCCAGCAGGGGGACUCAGACGCGGAGAGCUCCCAGCCGCUGGUUUACACCCUGGAGGAGCUGGAGUGCAAGAUCUGCUACAACCGCUACAACACGCGCAACCGCAAGCCCAAGGUGCUCAGCUGCCUGCACCGCAUCUGCACCAAAUGCCUCAAGAAGAUCGUGGACGUGGGCGACUCCUCGCCCAGCAUCAUCAGCUGCCCCUUCUGCCGCCACGAGACCCACGUUCCGGACGAGGAGGUGUGGCUCCUCGAGGAUGACAGCAACAUCCUGGCCAUCCUCACCUACCAGGACAGGGUGCGGCAGGGCGGGGCGGACGGGGCCCCAGCGGAGGUGGUGCUGACCCCCAGCAGCCUGAGCGGAGGAGGAGGAGGAGGAGGAGGAGGAGGAGGGGGCGAGCAGUCCCACAGCUCCUCCGACUGCCUGGUCAUCACCAUCAUGGAGGUGCCGGGGGGGGACGCUCCCCCUGCGGAGACCAUGAGCAUGCUGAACAUGGUGCGGCUCUACCGGCCGCCCAGCCUGGACUCGCUGCCCUGCCACCUGCCUGGGCACAAGUGCCGCUCCUGGACCUCCAGGACGUUCCCGCGCUGCAUCAUCGGCUUCCUGUGCCUCGUCUACUUCAGCUCCCUGCCCCUGGGCAUCUACCUGCUCAUGAUCCAGCACCUCAUCCUGGGGGUCAUCCUGGUCAGCCUGGUGCCCUCCACCCUGGUCCUCUGUGUCUUCUACGGGUUCUGCCAGUGCCUGUGCCACGAAAUCACAGAGUCCAUUGCCACAUGACACCACCCCCCCCUCACCCGCACCUCCCCUUCUCCUUCUUUCUCUUCACCGGUGACUGGAGUCAAGGCUGGGUCGCGCUGGACUGAGCUAGCAAUCGUCAUCACCCUAUCUGCUCUGGUUACUAGCACUACUGGAGGACGCUGCUGUCCUGUGAAAGCAAAGGCAGUCGUUUAACUUUGCUGUUUGUUUUACAUCCUGUACUGAAUGUGAAUUCCCCAGUCAUCCCAGGACAAACGUUUAUCGCAGUGUGUGAAUUAUAUUUAUAUAUAUAUAUAUAUAUAAUGAAAAGGUUUUUUUUUAUAUGUACACUAAAGGUUUAAAUGAUUAUAAAAUCAGAAGCCGUUCUUCAGCUGUGUAGAAUGAAAGUGCACACAGUGCAGUUCUCUCUAUAUAUGUGUACAUACAGGGGAAUGGGCAGGUCUGGAUUAGCUCUUAGAGCUGUUAGCAAUUCACUGGAGAAAACCCAUGAGCAGAUCUUCAUGGUUCUUGUCUGUUUCUCAAACACUAAGGUGUUUUGCCCCCAUGUUUAUAGGGGCAGGGGUACUGAAGACGACCAUUGACUCAGAAAGGGGAAGCAGGCUGGCAGGAGGCUAGCUCGGGGACUGAGCAGCUGACCAGGGCUGGGGUCAGUGCACUCCAACCUGCUCAGCAGACUGUUUCCCUACAGACUGCAUCUGCCCCACUGUCCAUGUGAGGGAGGCCGUGGGUUCGAGUGGCUCAGUGGUUGUUAGAGCACCAGAACCACUAUAAAACAUGCGUUAAGCUUUAGGGUCUUUCUUACCCUUUCAAAAAACAAGAGCCUAGAUCCAGUGUAUUACUUCUCACUGUAUUCCAUUAAGAGUUCUUAUUAUAGCCGCUGUGAGCUGCUCUGGAUAUUCUAUAGCUCUCAUGCAUCAGCUUGUUAGCCUAUUCAAUCAGGAAUAACCUAUGUGAGUACUGUCUGCAGAAACUGUUCAGAUUCUUUCUAGCGGCCAGUGGGGGGGUUGAAAGAGAAGAAUGAGACACAAAGGAAAGCGGAUUUCUUGCUGAUGUUUUUGUCUCGAUGUAUGUGAUGUGUACCAAAAAAUGACAAUAAAAAAGUGAAUAUUUCUCUACAGUA